AGGACUUAAUUAGGACUUUGUUGGGAUUCGUUCUAAGGAAUUAACAUCGAUUUGUUUUUGGGAGUGAAUCCCCAGGCUUUGACCACUGGAAAUGACGCAGCAGGUGGGCCCAGCACGGCAUCAGUGACAGCGCCAGCUAACCACGAACUUCAGCCAAGGAGUACGCGGAACUUGGAGUCGGAAUUGCCAGGAAUCGGAUCGAUAAAUGGGCGCCGAGCAUUCGCAGCAGCGGGCUGAGGCCGAUGGCCACGAGAUCUUCGACGGACGCCAGCCGCCAGGAGCGGCCACUGGAUCCCUCGGCGAUGGGAGCUCCAUGAUGCUGGCGGCAACGGCGGCGGCCAACAAGCGACGUGGUGUUGGUCAUCGCCAGCCGACGACUGGAGGAGCAGGUGGCACAUUGGUGGGACCAGGUGCUGGAGUGGGUCCAGCUAGCAUUGUGAUAGCUAGCAAGCAGAUCAUCGCCGAGGCCGCUUCGCCCGGCGGCUCCGAACUGAGCAGACCGCCUUCGCCGCCGCUGAGCGUCUGCUCCGACCUUCCAUAUGUGUCCUAUACGGAUCGGCCCAUCGGCGAUUCGCCCAAGAUACGCAGCAAGCCGGCGCACAUGCUCCAGCAGAGCAGCGCCAGCCGGGCGGCGGCCAGAAAGUCACAUCCGAGUGGACUCACCAGCGCCGUGAAACCAAAGCGACCCCAGUCCACCGCAUCCAGUCAUAAUAUUGUGAUUGUGCGUCCCGGUGCCAGCGAUGCUGGCGAGGAUGUGGACCUUGACCUGGCACGCCUGCGCAAUAUACCGCAGUUUCUGCCCGUGCUCCGUGAGUCCAUCACGUCGGCGACCAAUACACGAGAUGCGGAGAUUCUGGAGCGACUGAAUUCGCAGCAUCUGGUCAACAUAUGUGCCCGCAUGCAAACACAUCUGAAUCUGUGCGCCAGCUAUGUGGCCAGCGAACAAAAUCACCUCGUCGAACGCACCAAGGUGGUGAGCAACUCCAUCACCACCCUUUUUGCCGGAUUCGUGGACAUGCAAAAGACGUACGCCUCGUACGCCGAGCAAUUCGCCAAGAUCCGGAGCAUAUCCCAUCAGCUGAGCAGGUGCAAUUCGCUGCUGCACGAGAACAUUGCCAGUCUGGAGGCGAUCAAUAACUUCCUGGACGACGAUGACCGACUGGAGCCCUUCGUCUGGCGCACCGAUGACAACAAGCUGCGCGGCGAGGCUGAGGGCGCCACCGGGGGCAACAGCAGUCGUCUGUGGCGGCUGUAGGAUCCCCACUGAAUCCACACUCUUAUUGGUCUCCAAAGAUUUUCCUAGCUCAUAAUAAUCGUGUAUUUACUGUGUAUAUUACUCGUUAACGAUGCCGCUUAAUCGUGAUUUUUAAUUAGUAAAUCAAACUUAAUAUUAAUACAAAAUUUGAUAUUUUAUUUCUUGAACCGCA